AUGACACUAGAGCCUGAUAAUGCCCUGUCUAUUGCAGAUGCAGCUGGCCAGUGCCUCAAUCGUUUCCAGCAAUGCUUGCAGCACUCGGCGCUAAUCUCAUCCCAGGAGACAGCCCUAGUGGAGGACCAACUUGCAAGAUUUUCUCUCUGGGCUGCUGGUAUUGGCGUUUUUGUUGGAGGGCGCGCUUCGCUGGAUCACCGUCUCAGGGAAGCACAGGAGGUGCAUGAUGUGAUUACCGGGCUCCUGGAAGCACUGGAAGAUCAAGUCGAAGCCUGUCAGUUCUAUGGAUAUUUAUGGUGCUGA